CGCACUCCGUACCUCUGCUGGCGCGCCGCGGGAGUGACUCACAGAAGCUAACCCGGCCGACCUGGCGCGGGUCUCCACGGCAACGGCCCGCCCCGCCCCGCCCCGCCCACGGGACUUGCGUCGUGGUCUCGCGAGAGCUGUCGGUCGCCGGAAGUGGGCGGUGACCCCGGAAGUUCCCGCGCGACGGAGCUGCUUGGUGCGAUCCACUGGGCCCCGGGGUUCCCGUCAGUCGGUUCCUGCGAGGGCUGCCCCUGCCGGACCUGCCAUGGACGAUACCCUGUUCCAGUUGAAGUUCACGGCAAAGCAGCUGGAGAAGCUGGCCAAGAAGGCGGAGAAGGACUCCAAGGCGGAACAGGCCAAAGUGAAGAAGGCCCUUCAGCAGAAGAACGUGGAGUGCGCCCGCGUGUAUGCCGAGAAUGCUAUCCGCAAGAAGAAUGAAGGCGUGAACUGGCUCCGCAUGGCAUCCCGCGUGGACGCGGUGGCCUCCAAGGUGCAGACGGCCGUGACCAUGAAGGGGGUGACCAAGAACAUGGCGCAGGUGACCAAAGCCCUGGACAGGGCGCUGAGCACCAUGGACCUGCAGAAGGUCUCUGCGGUGAUGGACAGGUUCGAGCAGCAGGUGCAGAAUCUGGACGUGCACACGUCGGUAAUGGAGGACUCCAUGAGCUCGGCCACCACGCUGACCACGCCACAGGAGCAGGUGGACAGUCUCAUCGUGCAGAUCGCCGAGGAGAACGGCCUGGAGGUCCUGGACCAGCUCAGCCAGCUGCCCGAGGGCGCCUCCGCCGUGGGGGAGAGCUCCGUGCGCAGCCAGGAGGACCAGCUGUCCCGGAGGUUGGCCGCCUUGAGAAACUAGCCGAGAUCCUGCUGCAGGGCCCUGCGUCCCCCGCCUCGACGUGCGGGAAGGGCCGGGGACGAGGGCUACAUCUCCCCCCCCCCCCCCCCCACGCCUCUUGCCUUCCUGCACGCCCUGCAGCGCAGCCCUGACCUCCAGGCCUGGGAAUUGUUCCUCUUAGCGUAGACGGUGGCUCUGUGUCCUGGUGGGUGAGUUUGCACAAACUUCUGACUUCUGUGGGUUAUUUCUGUGACUCCGGGCUGACCAGCUUGGGGUUCUGCAGGCCUCCCCCUCUCCAUCUCCUACCCUCUGAGGAGUUGAUGGGGACUGACCAGUGGACACCGUGUGGACCGUGGGGGCCUCUGGACUCCGUGCUGCUGGCAGUCAGCAGGGGUCAGGGCUGCUUCCUGCUUCGGGCCGUGUCCCCACUCGGGGUUUCGGUGUAAGGCUCCAGACUCCUGAGUCCAGGCGGGCCCACCUGGGGCGGGGCGGGGCGGGGGGAGGUGUCUCGUUCUACUGCCGCCUCCGGAGGACCUGGGCCCUGAGAGCCGUGUCGUGUGUCCUCCAGGAACUCAGGGUCUGCCCCGAGGCCCCUCCCAGCGGGGAGCAGACGGUCUCAUGCUACCGGUCGGGUGCUGCCCCUGCACCGUGCUCUCCUGUACUGUAAAUAAUAGGUGCCUCCCCGCGACUGGGCUCUCCUCCUGCCCACACCGUCAGACCUGGAAGUCAGAGUGGCUGGCCGGAGCUCGGGGGCUGGGAGAGGUGCCCCCGGCAGGGCCGUGGCAGCCACAGCCAAGCAGCUGGCUGCAGCCCCCUCCUGAAGAUUUUCCGUGACGGGCUGCGGUUUCUAGUUUUUUCAUUUCCUGAAGUUUACUUUGUUUUCUUGAAGCUUCCUGGGUUUUUUGUUUUUUUUGCCAAAACA